CGUUACAACAAGGCAGCACCUGCUAAGUAUUGUAUAUUCCACUGAGUUGUAUCUCAUCUGAUUCUCAACUGACUGUGGAGCCCGCUCAAUCAGGGAGCAUUUAUUAUUCACAAGCAAAGUUACGCGGAAACAGCAGAUUAAUUAUGAAUGUGGGCCUCCGUUGAGGAUCUUCUCUCCCAUACAUAUAAACAGCAACUGGACCCAUCCUGCAAGUGUGUCCUUGGCCCGUCUUGACCAGGUGAAGACCACUGUCUAUAACCUUGGCCUUGCUGACCCGCGUGACCUCAAGGCUCCAUCUGUGUAUGAUCGUAACCGUAGAAACCAGUUCCUGUCAGAAAUCGGGACAGACCCGCCGUUGUCAACAGUAAACCUACAGAAGAAUGCAUGGGGAAGUAACUCAUCCAUCCCAGAUCUGAUCAAACAUCAUAGCGAGGCCACAAAAGCCCCGACCAGGAAACGUCCCGCCAGCGCCAAGACCACUGGAUGUACUCGCCCCCUAGCGGCAGGAAGAACCGACCACAGAGUGCCAAAGACUUGCCGCCGACGGCACCGCCAGUGAACCAACAACCAUUGCAGUGAAAGGGUCUAAGUAUGAUCCAAACGGGCGCCCCCCACGCAGACCGGCUGUGGGGUCGGCGACCGGGAUUGGAUGGGUUGGCCCACCUGCCGGACUGCGCAUCGACAUGGACAUGAUCAACCCCAACAUCGCUGCAGAUUCACACACAACCAUUGAGUCAGAAUAUGGUCACUAUGAGUUCUCCAACAGUGGAGCGCCCCCUGCCCCAUGUGUGUCACCAGAACCAGGGGAGGGCACUCUGGAUAAUGUCAGUGAUGUCGAGUCUCUGCAAUGUGAGAGUCAGAAAUCCUACCUGCUGCGAAAGCCAACACCGGAACCCAUCCAUUUGUCUCUGCCUAAAGCUGAAGAUGAGGAGGCAGACAUGGAUGAGCUGGACACUGAGAGACUGCUCCGUGAGGCUGAGAGUCACACAAACACCACUACCACCAAACCAAACCGACACGUCAAGUAUAACGAGCGCUCGGGAAUUUCUUACAUCAACACGCAGCCCGCAGACAACUCGAACCUGUCACCUCAUGACGAGGAACAGGUUUCUGGGAGAAGGAGUCCAAGUUUGUAUGAUGUGAAUGCCCGCACUCUGCCAGCGUCUCCAACGACAGCCACUCCCGUGCAGCACAUGAGUCGGCUAAACGUGCGGAGUGCAGGUCGUGCUGGAGUGCUCAUUAGGGAGGAUCGUAACGUCACCGUUGACAUCACCCCAAGGAACGCGGGACGGAAGGUGGCAAGUCUUUCUGCGGGCAGGAGGGGAAUGGCUAAAAAGAAAUUUUCACGUGCUGAUUACAGUCAUGUGAGAAGUCGGAUUAAUUCCGGUAUUGAUUCGUCUACGAUGCUAGUCGAGAAAAAGAUGGUGCAGGGUGAUACUGUCACUCAUGAUUACGACAAACUUGGCCUUGAACUUGAUGUGAGACCAGUGGCUCGAAACCAUGUCCCAGCUCCUCCUGUUGUCCCCACGGUAACAGUUCGCUACGAUGACACCGAAAGCGAUAAAAGCAGCACCCAAGAAACACAGGAAAAAAAGAAAAAGAUUCGUAAAGAAAUUGAUUUAAUUACCAUGGUAUCUCAAGUCAGUUUGACAGAGAGUGAAGACAACAAUGAAGAUGACGCGGACGAGAAAUCAAGCAUUCUCUCCGUGAACAAUACCAAUAAUUCACAUCUACGUAAAAACAUCACUAAAUUUCUACAUCCACCAUCUAACCCAAAGCUAUACAAAUCUCAAACGGAAAAGAAUUACUAUGAAGUGGCGAUGAGAACCGACCGGGGUAAAUCUCCAGAGCGGAACUGCAGUGAGGAGAAGGAGAAUUUUGUCUACAAAACCAUCAAGACAUUUGAGUUCGACGACAAUAUGCCAGUGGAGAAGACUGAACGCAGUAUCAUUCCUGGAACUCUCAUCACCAGCACCAAACCGAGGGAGAAGCUGGCCGUGGCCGUUGACUAUCUGGAACAGAAGAGGAUGUCUCCCAGGAACAGUGCUGUAUCUAUCAAGGUUCCCGCCAAGCCUAAGGAGCCGGAACCUGAACCAGAGCCACCCGCCCCGAGUCUUGGGUUCGCCUCUCUGUCCCCAGAGGACCUCGAGAUCCUUGCUAAGGCUGCAGCCAAGUCAGAAGAAAAGUUCAACAGUAUGUUCCUGGCGCCUCCGGCUCCCCAACGUCGUGGAAGGUCAGCCAACACAAAGCGAGUAAAACACAAGCCAGAACCCACAGCUGAUGAAAAUAUCAUCAAGGUUCACACAGAGAGCGUCAUCUCCCUCAGCAUGCAGACAGAUGCAGAGGACAACACGAUGCUCCGGCCGACCUCCUGCCUUGUCACCUCGGACAGGAAACUGAAUGCUGACACUCGCAGGAUCCAGUCUGCCGCUACAGCAGAGAGAGGUCCUCGCUCCAGUAAAAAGCGGUACGCCAACUACUCACAGACCAACCUGUCCCGGAAGAAGGAGAGCUGGGACCCAGACAGCGUCAUCUACAUCAACACCAAGAAGCCGUCACAUGACCUAGAGACGGAGGAGAACCUGGCGUGCCAGGAGAUGCACACACGAAUGGCAGAGCUGGGCUGCAAUGUCAAGCCGGAGACGCUUGAGAGAGCGCUGUUCCCACCUACAGGAAAGACCCUGUACUACGAUCUCCCGUCCGAGCUGCCCAUGUCACCAUCUGAUGGGCUUUUAAGUCACCCAAGAUUCUGGCUGCCUAAAGAAUAUAAUAAGUUCAAACUAGCAGAAAAACAAUUAGCGAGGGCUGACCACCUCCUGUGGUUACAGAAGCGAGACGAAGACAGGCGCACCAAGAGUGCCAUGGAGCUGAAGACACCAGGGAAAAGAAGAAAAAGAAAGGGAAAACCAAAGGGAAAAAGAAGGGAAAAUCAUCCAGGAGUAAUAGCAUUUGUUAGCAGUACCUGGAUCACAGCACCUCACUCCAACAGUAGAGGGAGAAGAAAUAUAAACAUGGCACCCUAAGACUCCGGUCCAGUACUUGGUGAUGGCCGUAGUUCAAAGCCUCAUCAGGUGCUGUUAGUGGUAUUUGUACUUGCAUAGAUUGGUUACAGCCACUGAGUAGAGUAUAUAUUUGACCAGUAGUAUUAAGGUUGGCUGGCAUGAUGGAGUCUUGGACCAGCAUAUAAAAGUGAUACACAUUAAGGGCAGUGUCUGAAAUAGUUUCCAAAUCUUGCUAUUCAGUCGGGCAAGCUAUGCCUGAAAGUUACUAGCCCACAAGAUAAUUCA